GCGAACGUUGACAUCGGAAUGGUGUUCUUGGGUUCAACUUCGGUUUGGUUCGGUCGCGCAGUCGCCGGACGUCUCAGUGCUUGAUUUUUGCUCCCGUAUGCUCGGCUGCAACGUGCGCCGGCGGGCGUCAACUGGUCUCCUCAGUUUUUCUCUUCUGGCUCCCGACUACACUGUGCUGCAUAACUCCCUGCUGUCUCAUUCCUCGUCAAUAGGUGAAUUCUUGGUUAAAGUCUGGCUCUCCGGGGAUCGACGUGCUCCUUCAACAAUACAGCCCAGUCGUAGUAUCCAUGAUAUCAUCGGGAAAUACUUCCAUGACUGUCGGCCUCUCUUUUGCAAAUGACAAGCCCGGCACUACGAGUCGUGUGGAGAGUAUGACGCUUCCCAUUGGUUAGGUGAUUGAAAGUCGAGACCGCCGGUUGACGGACAGACGCCCUCAUCGCAUAUAGGGAGGAUCGGGGCCGUCAAGGUCAAGGCGGUGUAGACGUUUCAUCGUGCCUUGAUCCGUACCUCAAGGCAGUCAUCUAUGUAAGCGUACGGCUACUUCGGCUCAAUAUAUAUAAGUGCUGCA